AUGGACACGGCUGAGAUCAUGCCUGCUCUUGCUGUUCUUGCAGUACAUUUCUUGAUUAUGGCUAUUUUGGUGGUGAGGUCGUUUUGCGUCCCGAUUCCGAAAUUUAGUACUUACACGAUUGGGAGUUUCUCGGGAGGCUUUGCGGUCAAGCAACUCAACUGGCCGGAACCAGAUCUUUCUAUCCAACAUGUUAUCUUGACUAUUUUGUAUUGUUGUUUGAGUGGCUAUGUGGGUUACCAGAAACCUGUUUGUCCACCUUUCGUUUUUUUAGCCUUGGUGCUUGCAAGGUUCUUUGUUGACCUCAUAUUCGAGAAGGCCGGACUCUACUUCAAUAAGGCCAAGCAAGCACAGGCUAUCCUUUUAAUAUAUGUUGCCGUAGGGAACGAGCCAUUCUUAACAGCAUACAAUGGAUCUUUCAUAAACCUAACGUACCCAGCACUCUUUAACAUCCAGACUGCUUUAAACGAAGCUGGAGUCGGUGAUUUCAUCAAAGCCACCGUUCCUUUAAACGCCGACGUUUACAACUCUCCUUUGGACAACCAAGUCCCAUCCGCCGGAAGAUUCCGUUCCGACAUCAUCCAAGAAAUAACACAAAUCGUUAACUUCCUCGCGCAGAACAAAGCUCCUUUCACCGUCAAUAUUUACCCUUUCCUCAGUCUCCGCCUAAGCAGUGACGUCCCUUUCGACUACGCUUUCUUUGACGGCCAAAACACCGUUAACGAUAACGGUGUUAUAUACACGAACGUCUUCAACGCUAGUUUCGACACGCUUGUAGCUUCUUUGAAUGUGUUGAAUCACGGCGACAUGGAACUGAUCGUUGGAGAAGUUGGUUGGCCUACGGAUGGAGACAAGAACGCAAACGUUCAAAACGCGGAACGGUUUUAUUCCGGUUUGCUUCAGUGGUUGUCGAACAACAUAGGAACUCCUAUGCGUAAAGGUUACAUUGAAGUUUAUCUUUUCGGAUUUAUCGAUGAAGAUGCAAAAAGUGUAGCGCCGGGAAACUUCGAACGUCAUUGGGGUAUAUUCAAAUUCGACGGCCAACCGAAGUUCCCCUUGCCAAUAAACCACCAAGAAUCAAUGUCCAAGUUACUAAAGAAUUCUAAAGGUAAGAUCAAUUAG